UUCAAUGAAAAGUUACUUUUUCAGUUGUUUGAAAAAAGUGUCUCAUGGUGCGAUCAAUGCGGGUGUCAUACCAUUAUACCACAGAGACCUAUACGGUCCUGAUAGUUAUAUUCAUUAUUUCAUGCAUUGCCGGGUCUAUUGUCAAUUGACUAAAGCUUCAUAAUAUUUUUUUUUUUCAAAUAAAUCUUAUGUGUAACGAAAAUCAAGUACAAUAGGCCUACAUUUAGUGAACGUCGUCACAAGCACAAGAUAGGCCUACUAACACGAAGCCGCAUCAUGAGAAUUUUCCGCCGUGAUAUCCCUUGGCUACCUGUAUGACCUCUGAAUCACAACUCGGAAAUUAUGCUUUUUGGCAAUCAUUCCAAGUUUCUGUUGUUAUUCUCGACUCGAACAUGCAUUCGUUUAAGAAGAAGUUGUGUUUGUUGGUUUUUAUUGCAGCAUUAGUAGUAUUCGUGAACUUGUGCAGCUCUAUUCUUGGGAAACACACCAUUGGUCUUAACAGUACUAGGACGAUCACUGUGUCCACUGGCGUCAGGAAGGUUAUGGCAAGCACGUGUUGCCGACAAUAUAAACAUGCCAGUAGUUUCAACAUGUUUUCCAUCGGAAAGGGAAGCAGAGGUUUCGAUAAAAAUUCACUGGACGCUGGGUGUAUUUGCGAACAACAAAGGCCUACAAAAAUCAUGAUAUUAGCUUCUAUGAGAACCGGUUCAUCAUUUCUAGGACGGUUAUUUGCCGAAAACAACGACGUAUUUUACUUGUAUGAACCAGGUAGGCGAGUGAUGGUCUACUUGCGCCGUGAAAAUAUUACAUCUAAUUUAAUUGAAGGAAAGUUACUUGACAUCAUUUGGAACACAUUUCAAUGUAGCUUCGCAGAUAUGGACUUUUAUAUUAAAACGCUUUCACGUUUGCCUAUACAUCCUAGACGAGUGGAAAUACCAGCAACGGUUAACAACAGAAUUUGUGAGGGUUAUAACGGCUCGAUAGGCGAUUUUCUUCGCUGUCAACCAGUCACAAGAGAUUUACUGGAGAAUGUUUGUAACACCAAGAAAUAUGUCGUCAUUAAAACUAUCCGUAUCAGUAACCUUAAUUUAUUAAGACCGCUUGUAAAAGAGCAUAACCUAAAAGUUGUUCAUUUAAUCCGUGAUCCUCGCGGGGUUAUAUCGUCCCGAAUGCUGCUGGUUCCGACCGUGAGAAAACGCAUGAAGCAAGAACAGAGAAUUGUAUUUAAUGUUACCGACUUAACUAGCGAUAUGAAAACAAAUAUACGCACAUAUUGUAGUGAUUGGUUAAAAAAUCUUGAAAUUGGCCACCACAUGGCAUUGUUUAGUGAUAAUUAUUUCGCUAUUAGAUAUGAAGAUGUUGCCAUAAAAACGUCAGAAAAAAUUCGAGAAAUUUAUACGAACCUUGGAAUUAAAAUAAUUCCUUAUAAAGUCAAACAGUGGAUCAAAGAGAACACUCACUUUUCUAGGCCUACGGGAAGAAUGUCUUGGUUAUUUUCGACUCAGAGGAAUUCUUCUGCAAACGCUGAAAGCUGGAGAACUAAAAUGACCAUGCAAUUAGUUGAAUAUAUUCAAAAUGUGACCAAUUGUGAGAAAUUAAUGAGGAUUGCUGGGUACAAAAAAGUUCUAAGUCAAGCCGACUUGACUGAUUCGUCUAAAACAUUCAUUGGUGAACAAACAACGAAAGAACACUAAAGUAAAAUAUCAUGACGUAGGCUUAAUAAUAUACCAUCCAGAUGAAGAUGAAUAGUACGGUAUUAGACACUUUAAGAAUCAUGACUUAUGGUUUCACAUUGUUCCGCUGAUUCCAUGACAACGGGACUUAAAAUUGCAAUUGCACGAUGUCGUGUUCAGAAACAUUUAAAAAAGGGAAGGAGAUCAAUAAUGCUGGUGAAGGGAGAUGAGAGCAUGAUGCCGCGCGUAGCCAGCUAUUUAGACCGUUGGGACAGUCCCACACAUUUUCUAUUGGGUCCACAUAGAAUGAAUGGGUCCUCAUUUUAAAAAAGGUCCAGAUUUCCAGGCCUAGCAUAUCAAUUUUUUUUCCUCCGGAGUCUGACUUUAACUGAGGAAUUCUGUAUAUUUAUUUGUAUAUUUUUGUUGUUUGCAGAUUUUACUGUCAAGGCCAAAUGAGUUUCUUCCCCAUUGUGGGAUAAUAAAGUUCUAUUGAAUUGAAUAGAAUUUAAUUAUUAUUAGGCCUAUUAUUAUUAUUUUGGAAAAGAGGUAUUCAAUUCGUUUCAGUAAGAUUAUACUUUCCAUACAUGAAUAUGUAUUAUGUUGCUGUAUAUGUUGUUA